AUGCGCCUCGCCGGAGGCGGCACCGCCAGGUACGGCCGGCAGCCUCCGCCGCCCGCCGCCCGCCGCCAGCCGCCCACGCCACCUACGGCACCGCGGGGCGUGCAGCGCGGUCAGUGCGGGCCCGAGUCGCGACACGCCCCCAGCACCGCGCCGCUCCGCACUCUUCUCCAGCAGCAGCGCCGACACCUGACAGAACAGCGGCAGCAGAUGUACGUGCCGCGGCUGUACCGGCUGUGUGUGGAGGCGGUGGUGCGGCUGCUGGAGCGCGCUGGAGACUCCGUGGACUGGGACUGGGACGCGCCGGCGGCGGCGGACGCGGCCGGCCACGCCCUGCGCGGCCUCAGUGAGUGGUUGCGCUGCGCCGCGCUGCUGCCCGGACUCUCGCUCGGGGCGCGGCUGUGCGAGGAGCUGCAGCUGCGCGCCCUGGGCGUGGCGAGCGGCGGACUGCUGCCGGGCACGGGCGACGGCGCAGCCACCUGCUGGAGGGACGCCUGGCUCAUCUUCCUCACGCCGCGCUCCGAGACCGCCGUCGUCGCCUGGCAGCGCGGCCUCCUCAAGAUCGUCGCGGCCCGCUGUCCAUCAGUGCGGCAGCUGCUGGUGAGCCAGUGGAAACCUGGGACGGCGCUGGAGACGCUGCUGCAGUGGACGCCGCCAUCGGUGAGCACGGUGGACCUGGACGGCGAGCUGGCGAUGCGCGGCCGUCGGCCGCUGCUGCUGGACCACCUGCAGGCGCAGGCGCAGCGGACCAAGGUCGGCCGGAGGCAGCCGCAGGGCCGCCGCCAACCCCAGGAGCCGCCCUGGCUGCCGCAGGCUGAGGCGCUCUUCAGGGGCCUGCACGUGUGGAGACGGCGCCCGCCGCCGCCAGAGCCGCGACCGCAGGCGGGCGGCGCUACGUUGAGCGAGCUGCACCUGGGGGCGGCCAGUGCGACGCUGGAGGACUUGCAGGCGCUGCUGCAGGGCCUGCCCGCGCUGCGCCUGCUGCGCCACUACCAGCUGGUGCGCGCCCUUGACGCGCUGCACGCCGAGCAGGCGCGCCGCGGGGACCGCCUGCCGCAGUACCGCCUCACCAACCUGGACGUCGACUUCUCUCAUGUGACGCGGUGCCGGUGGUCGGCGGAGGCGGUGCUGUCGCGGGACGCGCUGCCGCUGGCGGUGCGGCUGUGCCCGGAGGCGGAGAGCGUGCGCGUGCGCUGCGACAGCGACACGCCGCACGACGCGCUCGAGGCGCUCGUGCGGCUGCGGCGCAUGCGCGAGCUCAGCGUCGCCUGCGUCACCAGCGGCGAGCGCAGCCUGCUCGACUUCCAGGACCUGCUGCCGUUGCUCGACGCGCACGGCCAGAGGCACCUCGUCUCGCUAGAGCUCAAGGUGAUGGAGAACGUAGACACGCACGAGAUCACGGCGCGCUGCCCGCGGCUGGAGCGGCUGCUCCUGAGCGGUUGCGGCACGGCCUUUCCGCACGCGUGCGCACAGCACGGCUGUCUGACGCGGCCACGGUGGAUGCUGCCGCGCCUGCGCACGCUCUUCUUCGCGGACGGCGAUGACUUCAGCUGGGACCAUGCGCUGCCGCCUUGCUUCUGGGACGCCGCCCUCGCCGCGGGCGACGGUGGUUCGCAGAGCCGCGUGGAGGGCGUGUUCCUGGAGUCGCCGCGGCUGCCAGUCGAACGGCUGUCGCGGCUGCUGCGCCGCGCCGGCGGCUGGCCGCAGCUGCGCGUGCUGAGCGCGUGCCGCGCGCCUGAGCUGCGCCUGCAACCGCUGCAGGCCGCGUGCCGCGCCGCGCCGCGCCUCGCCUACCUGCGCGUGUCCGCGUGCGAAACCCUGCCGCCCACCCUGGACACCGCCGCGCAGCUCCGGCAGCAUCUGCCGCCCGACGCCGCACUUUGUCUCGACUGA